AUGGCACUGGCUGACAACUCCACUAACAGCUCCUUCAACUGUUCAACUGACAGCUUCAAGCAAGUCAUUUAUCCCAUUGUGUAUCUCUUUAUCUUCUUCCUGGGUGCUGCUGGAAAUGGCUUCUCCAUUUAUGUUUUCUUCCAGCCUUCGCAGAGGAAGCUCUCGGUUAACAUCUACAUGCAGAACUUGGCUGUUUCAGAUCUCAUGUUUGUGAGCACUUUGCCCUUUCGGGCCACGUAUUUCCUGCUGGGAUCACACUGGGUGUUUGGUGACAUCACCUGCAGGAUCAUGACUUACGCCCUGUACGUGAACAUGUACUGCAGCAUUUAUUUCCUCACCGUGCUCAGCGUGGUUCGUUUCAUUGCCAUCGUCUACCCCUUCAAGCACUGGAAGGUCACCAACAAGAAGUAUGCCAGGAUAAUCUGCACAGCCAUCUGGCUCUUCGUGCUGGUAGCCUCCAGCCCUCUGCUAAGCAAGGAGAUCGCUGGGUACAGCGACCCAGACAAGUGCUUGGACCUCCAUCCCUCCAGCCAACAAAGGCUCCUGGUGAUGAACAGCUUCGUCAUCGCCGUGGGCUUCAUCCUGCCCUUUGGCACAAUCAUUGUCUGCUACGUCUUUGCCAUCAAAGCCUUGCUCAAGUCCAGGUCUCCACAGCACAAAAAGGCAGUCUGUCACAAGAAGGCACUGUCCACCAUUAUCAUCACCCUCAUCCUCUUCCUCCUCUGUUUCCUGCCCUACCACGUCCUGCGGACUGUCCACCUGGUGCAGAGCAGCUGCAGCCAGUCCAGCCUGCCCGUGCACAAGGCCCUGGUGGUCACGCUCUGCCUCGCUGCCAUGAACAGCUGCCUCGACCCCAUCCUCUAUUAUUUUGCUGCUGAAAAUUUCAAAGCCCAAAUCAGAAGUUUGUACUGCAGGUAG